UUAACAAUACCACCCUGUAUAUGAAACAGCUGUUAAGCUAAACAAUAUUUUUCUUGUAUAACCUUUCAUAGAAGUAUAUAAUCCAUAAUGUCGAGUAUUGUUAAAAAUUUCCUAAAAAUACCAGCGCCAAGGUUUAUUGCACCAUUAAGUACUAAAGCAACCAACACGUUAAAUGAAGUCUCUACCAAAACAACACAAUCUCCACCAGCAUUGGCAGAGAAGGACCGUCUGUAUAGUAAAUUAGAGAUUGAAUUGAGAGGCAUUGAUCCAGCAGUAUUAAAAAGUUAUACAAAGUAUGCCACAACUGCUGCUAAUCAUUUGGGACUGGAAGUUGGAAAAUGUUGGUCUCCACUAAAAGCCCAUCAUAGUCGCAUGACACUAUUAAAAUCUGUGCAUAUUUACAAAAAGCACCGUGUUCAAUAUGAAGUUCGUACACACUUUCGAUAUAUGAAUUUCCAUAAAUUGACUGAGUCCACGCUAAGUACUUUUCUUGAGUACAUUGAACGUAACCUACCUGAAGGGGUUGCACUAAAUGCCACCAAGACUGAACUUCAGACUAUACCCGAACAUUUAAGGCAACCGCCAAGUGAUGUCUAAAAUAUGUUGAAAGUGUGUUAUCAAACUUCCUGGAAAAAAAUCAAGAAAACAAUGUUAACAAUACUUUUUUUCUGACUUAAACUCACUGAAUGUAUUAUGUACGUGCUCAUAUCAAACUCCAUCCUUCGUACGUUAAAAGUGCAGUGGAUAUCUAUGAAUCAGAAGAACAGUUCAUGACUGAAGCAAAAGAAAAGAAGCUAAGAAUCUUCGGAAUCUAUAUCUUAGCCCAUUAAAUACUUAUAAGCAUUAAAUAGUUUUGGAAUAUUGAGCAGUAAAAAGAUAUUGUUUUCCAAAUUUAUUAGAAAACUUGGCAAAUUACCAGCUACCAAGUUUUAAGGAAAACGGAAGUUAGAAAAGUUGAACUAAUUUUUAAAACUUUUUACCAAAUCUUCAUAAGUUAACAGGAUCAAUUCACAUAAAAAGGGGAUUUAAAAUUGCUUCCUUAACUAUUAAAUUGUGGAGUGUACGUCAGUUGUUAGGAAACACUGCUCUUGGGCCACAAAGUAUAUUUUUUUUUUUUUAAACUUCAUUUUAU